GCUUGCUUACAUCUCCACUGCUGGAAUCACAGAGAGAAAACCCUACCGCCAUACCAUGAGCAGGACGGAGGAUAUGAAGCCAGCAGAGAAAUCAGCAGAAGCCCCUACUGAUUCCACUGCAAUAAUCGUCCAGGCGGAGGCGGCCAGCCAAGUCAACUCAUGCGGUGCCCAAGGCAACCCAAGUACAGGUGAUCAAAGUACGAUACAGGACCAGGUGAACCUUCACACUGCCCUUGAAUCCAAUGAAGAAUGCACGCAGAAAGAAGAACUCACAUCAAGAAAUGGCAAGGAGGACGUGGGAAAGGACGAGGAAACAAAUGUUAAGAAGAUAAUUGAGAAUCUCAAAAUGGGGUCUGAAGAGGAUAAGAAGACUGCUGCGCUCCUCGAAGAACGGCACCGGCAACGCGUUGGAGGCGCCAAACUGCACCUAGGAGGGUCCGCAACCAUGCCUGCACAGGCGAAACGCUUAGCGAAACCGGUUUUCGCGAAACCGCCUGUGGCCAACAUGAGCGCAUUUCUUCCACCGAACAAGAAGAAGCAGACGAAAACCGCACAAAUCACUGGGAAUAGCUCCACUGCUGGGACCACCAGUUCAACUGCAGGCACUGGGAGCGGCAACAAAGCGCAGAAGAAAGCGACUGCAUCAUCAUCAUCAUCGCGUGCGUCAAGUUCCAAGUGAAGUCCGGCACUGCGAAGCACAAAUAAUCACAUCUCCAUUUACCCGUUCCGUUGUGAUGCACUUAGCCUUUAGUUGUUGAAUUUGACAAAUAAUGAUGUGUUUGGUUGAUAUAUCAUUUGUGUCGUGGUGUGCAAA